GUUGUCCGCACAGCAAUGGGCGGCGGUAGCUACCAGAAGCGAAAGCGGCAGCGACAAGAGCUGCUGAACGACUUGUACACCUCCGCGCUCUCCUCUUCCACUGCGGAGUUGACCAGAGGCAAGCUAACGAAUCGUAAAGUCUAUCAUUACCCCUCCACGCUACCUUUCCCAGUGUUGCUCGAUGACGACUUUCCGGCGGAGCAGUACCGGUCGCGCAACUCCGACAUCAAAAGCGCUAUUCAUUGGGGACAGCGCAAGUUGCUCCUCUCGGAAAUCCAGCUGUUGUGCAUGUACUGCAAGCCAGAUGUGUCCUACCACAUUGUCUACGCAGGCUCAGCCCCGGGCACCCACCUCGCCUUCCUCGACGAAAUGUUUGCGUGCCGCCACACGUGGGAGCUGAUUGACCCCGGCCAGUUUGAUCGUCCAGUGCUGGAGCCGCGCACGAACUUUUGGCUGCGCAACGAGUUCUUCACCAACGCCACCGCCUACGACAUCAACGCGCGUCGGCUAGAGGAAGUGCUCCCGGCGCUUGGGUUUGUGUAUCGCCACAUCGCCAUCGAGAGCGUGCGAGAGGAGAAGAAGGCGAUUCACGAGAAGCUGCAGGGCAUCGUUGGCACGCUCGAUGUGGCGCGUGGCACGGAGGAUAUCCCCGCCAUGUACGAGCCGCCGCUGUCGUUGCCGAAAGGGCUGGAGCUGCUGGCCCAGGUGGGUCUUGAGCGGAACAAGCCGCUGUUGUUUGUGUCCGACAUCCGCUCCGGCAGUGUGGCGCUGCCCAACUUCGAAGAUCACGUGGCGGAGAACAUGCGGGCGCAGGAGUGCUGGACGAACAUCCUACACGGUGUCUACAGUAUGCUGAAGUUCCGCCUCCCGUACACAAGCAAGUCGACCGCGUUUGGUGGCCAGGGGCAGGUGAAGGAGACACGACUGAUUCGCGAGGACGGCACGGUGCCCUACCUACGCGGGGACAUGCUCUUACCCAUCUGGACCCGGCCCACCAGCACAGAAGGCCGUCUUGUGGUUCCGCAAGGCGCCUUUCAAAAAGCAUACAACGUGGCCCAGGUGGAGAACCAGUUUUUCUUUUUCAAUGCCAAGGUGCGGGAGCAGGUACACUUCAACCACCUCAUCCUCGGCGACGACGAGCUCGACCACCACUACGACGCCGCGGCGGAGGUGCACUGCCUCACCACGUACCUGCGCUUCAUGCAGCCGGUGUUGCAGACCGCCAGCGAGGACGACCUUCGCAAGGCGAUACUGCGUGUGUCGCACUCAAUCACGGAGCACCUGGGGGUCGCCUUCGAAGAUGCGAUCCGCCGUCGCGACGCUUUGAUGAUCAAACAAGCCGCGAAGAGCUCCGAAGGCGGUGCGGCCGGUCGCCGAGAGGAGGCGGAUGCGGAGGAGGAGGCCGAGGAGGAAGAAGGAAACGCAAGCCGACAAGAAAAGCCGGAAAGCACGGCCACCGCCGCUGCUGCGCCGCUGGCGAGCGCGGCGCCGUCGGAGUGGGAGCAGACGACGCGUUUUAUGGUGCGUCUUGCCGCCUACGAUCGCACUCGACUCGUGUGGGAGCGGAACGUGGAAGAGGGUGCGUUUCAGAAGCGAAGCGGAUUCUGGGUGACGACAAAAAUGCCACAAGGCUGA